AGUCAAUUCUGUCCCCUAUAUUCAAGAUAUAUAUCUUGGAUAUAAGUUUUGUGAACAUUCAAAAAAGGUUUGUUUUGUUUUGAAAACGAUUCGUGAGAAUUUUAAAAUAAAAAAUAUUUUUGUCCAACGUGAUGAUAUUGGGGAAUUAAAAAAAAUAGAUACUUCUAUUAUGGAUUUGGUGUUUUACGUUGACAAAAAAUGUUUAUUCAGUAAUGUAGAUAUUAAAAUAUUUAUAGUGCAUAAUAACAUAUCGGAUGACUCGACAAUCUUUAAUUGCGAUUCAUUUAAAUUCAAACGCUUCAAUUUAAAAGCACCGGAUCAAAAAUUCGUAUAUGAAAUGGCACCUUACAUUUCAGAAGAUUUUAAAAUUUUAUACUCUAAAAAAGAAGAACAACAAAUCAAAUAUUUGUGCCAGAUUUCUCCAAAGUUCGAGUCAUAUAUAUCUAAUGGCAAACAAUUAACCCGAGAAAAUAUGUGUGAAGUUUUAAAAUAUUUAUUAACGUUAGAAGAUUUGGAGAUUUUAAAACCAUAUAACAAUUUAAUUCAACACAACAUAUUAAUGAAUUCACAAAACCUGGAAAAAUAUGUGGAUGAUGAUGGGGAUGAUGAUGGGGAUGAUGUUUUUGAGUGGAAGUAUACUUUGGAGCUAUCAAAACAAAGAAGAAUAAAUCAAACACAAACUGCACCUUGCGUAGAUGAUGAUGUAUACAUUUGUAGCAAUGACAAACCUUGUGAUUUUUGGUCAGCUAUGGAAGAAUCAAAAUUUUAUGGCAUAGUAUUAACUGUCUCGAAAGAAAAAGUAACAUUUACAAUAAAAUCAAAACGCGAUAUCUGUGGAAUUUGUUUCGAUAGUCCUAUGUAUACCAUAGUAUUUAGUCCAUCCCGUUUCACAAUUCGUCUACAGUAUCGUGCAUUGGAGUUACUGAGUAAAGAACGAAUUGAAAUCAUCGAUCGUAUUUUUUUUCCUGCAGGUGUUGAUCCGAUAUAUGCUAUACCACAAGAGAGAUUGGUACUUUUUAAUGAAAGCAUUUACGAAAAUCCUGAACAAUUACAAGCAGUGCGCACCAUAGCAGCGGGGCCCAAAUGUAAAGUACCAUAUAUAAUAUUUGGACCACCAGGAACGGGAAAGACAACUUUAAUUGUGGAAUGUAUUCUACAACUCUAUUUACAUCGACCAAAUACUAAAAUUUUGGUUACUGCUGCAUCAAAUACCGCUUGUGAUGAAAUAGCGGUACGUUUAUGUAAAGCACUGUUCCACUAUAAUGACGAAUUUUCUAUUGUUCGCUUAUAUGCAAGAUCAUUUAAGAAAGAAACAAGCUUUCUUCUUAAAGAACAUUCUAAUUAACAUUCAAAGUACUUCUCUCCAAACAAAAAUGAUAUCAAGAAAUAUCGCAUUGUAAUAAGUACAUUAUCUGUCAUAGGAAAAAUUGAUAUUCAAGAAUCCCAAUCACCAUUAUUAGAAGAAUAUGAAACCAGUGCUUCCAUAACUCAUUUUACACAUAUUUUUAUUGACGAAUCGGCUGCUACAACA